ACGUAUUUCCGGGUACGACAUGUAAUAUAAAUAGGCUGGUAUACCACUCGGGCGUCGGUUGAACAUACGAAGCAAAUGAUUCCCAUAUGUCCUGUAGUCUCCUUCACCUAUGUGCCCAGCCGGCUUGGUGAAGAUGCCAAAAUGGCUACCGGCAAUUACUUUGGAUUUACCCAUGGCGCUGCGGCUCAGUACAGUCAGCAGCCAGCUGCCGGGGUGGCGUAUACACAUCCCACCACAGUGGCCAGUUACACAGUUCAUCAAGCACCUGUGGCUGCACACACUGUGGCGGCAGCCUAUGCUCCCACUGCAGCCACAGUAGCUGUCGCUACGCCUGCGCCAGUCGCCGUGGCAGCUGCUACUGCUGCAGCUUAUGGAGGAUACCAGCCAACCCAUGCUGCCACUGACUACGGCUACCCUCAGCGCCAGCCCGAAGUCCCUCCACCCCCACCACCAGUCACGUCACAGAACUACCAGGAUUCCUACUCCUAUGUCCGGUCUACUGCUCCAGCUGUAGCUUAUGACAGUAAGCAGUAUUACCAGCAACCCACUGCUACAGCAGCUGUUGCUGCUGCACAGCCACAACCCAGUGUGGCAGAUUCAUACUAUCAGACAGCCCCCAAACCAGGAUAUAGCCAGGGGGUAACAUCAUACACCCAGAGCCAGCAGACACGCCAGGUGACUGUGAUAAAGCCGGCUGCUCCCAGUCCAGCCUCAUCCACUUUCUCCAUCUACCCUGUGACCUCCACUGUACAGCCUGUGGCUGCUGCUGCUGCCUCUGUGGUCCCUUCUUACUCCCAAAGCCCAACAUACAGCACGAAUGCUGUUACCUACUCCGGAACCUCAUACUCGGGCUAUGAAGCUGCAGUUUACUCGGCCGCCUCCAACUACUACCAGCAGCAGCAACAGCAGAAGCAGGCUGUGGCAGCUGUAGCUGCAACAGCAGCAUGGACGGGGAACACUUUCACCAAGAAGCCCCCCUUUCAGAGUAAGCAGCUUCGGCCCAAGCAGCCGCCCAAACCCCCUCAGAUCCACUACUGCGACGUCUGUAAGAUCAGCUGUGCCGGUCCACAGACGUACAAGGAGCAUCUUGAAGGGCAGAAGCACAAGAAGAAGGAAGCAGCACUGAAGGUUUCCCAGAGCAGUAGCAGCAGUAAUAGUGGUGGAGGGGUUUUGGCCCGCAAUGCUCAAAACCAGCUCCGCUGUGAACUUUGUGAUGUUUCCUGCACUGGCGCCGAUGCCUAUGCUGCCCACAUUCGUGGAGCUAAGCACCAGAAGGUUGUGAAGCUUCAUACCAAACUUGGAAAGCCCAUUCCAUCUACUGAGCCCAGUAUGGUCACUCAAACAUCGUCUUCCACCACGGCUGCCCCCAGCAAAACGACCACAGCCACCCUGAGCAGUUCCAGCACCACCAGCUCUCUAUGUGCUUCUGCUUCCUCCUCCCCUGCCACCAGCUCCAGUCCCACCUACCUGAAGCCAGUCAACAUAGUCAGCAGUGGUGUUGCAGGUGGCAAGAACCCAUUAGCCAACAACCUCUCUGUAGCCAACUCUGCCUCAGCUGGAAAGAAAGUCAACACCCCCAAGAUCACUUUUGUCGGUGGAAAUAAAUUACAGACAACAGUAAAGAUUGACGAAGCCAGAGCAGAGGCCAAAGUGGAGGCGUGUAAGCCUGUGGUACCCUCUUCAGGUGCUCAAGACCCCAAGGCAGAAGUUUCAGACUCUCUGUCCACAUCAGCUCUGGCUGCACUGCAGAGUGAUGUCCAGCCAGUCGGUCAUGACUAUGUUGAGGAAGUCAGAAACGAUGAAGGCAAAGUCAUCCGCUUCCAUUGCAAGCUGUGUGAAUGUAGUUUCAACGACCCAAAUGCGAAGGAAAUGCAUCUUAAAGGACGAAGGCAUCGCCUGCAAUACAAGAAAAAGGUCAACCCAGAUCUGCAGGUGGAGGUCAAGCCCAGCAUCCGAGCCAGAAAGAUUCAGGAGGAAAAGAUGAGAAAGCAGAUGCAGAAAGAGGAGUACUGGAGAAGAAGAGAGGAGGAAGAGCGCUGGAGAAUGGAGAUGAGGCGUUAUGAAGAAGACAUGUACUGGAGACGCAUGGAGGAGGAGCAGCACCACUGGGAUGAACGACGUCGAUUACCAGAUGGAGGGUACCCACAGGGCCCUCCUGGCCCUCCCGGUCUACUCGGAGUGCGACCUGGCAUGCCUGGCCUCCAGCCUCAAGGGCCUGUGCCCCCACGCCGUCCUGAUUCUUCAGAUGAUCGUUAUGUCAUGACCAAACAUGCAGCCAUCUACCCCUCAGAAGAUGAGCUCCAGUCCAUUCAGAAGAUCGUGUCAAUCACAGAACGUGCCCUCAAACUGGUCUCAGACAUAAUUACAGACCAGGACAAGACCAAGGAAGAAGACCAGGAGAAGAAAGAAUCCAGCAAAGACAGAGCCCUGAAGGGAGUGAUGAGGGUUGGAGUCCUGGCCAAAGGCUUACUUCUGCGUGGGGACAAAGAUGUCAACCUAGUCCUGCUCUGCUCAGAGAAGCCCACCAAAGACCUCCUCAGCCGCAUUAUGGAGCACCUGCCCAAGCAACUAACAAUGGUAACACCAGAAAAAUAUGAGGUCAAGGGAUCUAUCCAGGAAGCAGCCAUCAUUCUGACGUCCUGUACCGAGCCAAAGAUGCAAGUGACAAUCACGCUGACUUCACCUGUCAUCAGAGAGGAAAAUGGCCGGGAUGGAGAUGUAACCUCGGGUAUGGUGAAAGACCCAGCGGACGUCUUGGACAGGCAAAAAUGCCUUGACGCUCUGGCUGCUCUGCGCCACGCUAAGUGGUUCCAGGCUAGAGCUAAUGGACUUCAGUCUUGUGUGAUCAUCAUUCGAAUCCUACGAGACCUCUGUCAGCGAGUUCCUACAUGGUCGUCCUUCCCAGGAUGGGGCAUGGAGCUGCUAGUUGAGAAGGCCAUCAGUAGCGCCUCUGCCCCCCUCAGCCCAGGUGAUGCUCUGAGACGGGUCUUUGAAUGUAUCUCUUCUGGGAUUUUACUCCCUGGUGGGCCAGGAUUGGUGGAUCCAUGUGAAAAGAAGGCUGUCGAUACCCUAACAACCAUGGGAGAGCAACAGAGAGAGGACAUCACCUCAAGUGCCCAAUUUGCUCUGAGGCUGCUGGCAUUCCGUCAGAUCCAUAAAGUUUUGGGCAUGGACCCUCUGCCGCAGAUGAACCCUCGCUUCAACAUCCGCAACAGCCGCAAGCGUCGCCGUGACAACAGUGAUGGGACAGACAGCUUUGAGGGUGAAGGCAAAAAAGACAAAAAGGAUUAUGAUAGUUUGUAACUUCUGUUAUUAAUUUAAAGUAAUCUACAUACAAAAGUGUACUAACAUGUUGUAUGCGGUGUCUCGUGUGUAUCUGCUUUUUUUUUGUAGCUGCAAAUGUACCAGUGUAAUCUCAGAAUCUCAGCCUCACUUGUUAUUACACAAACAAAAAUUGUCAGUGUACAGUUUUAGUUGUAGAUUUUUCUGCCUAAAGUUGAGACUUCUCUGUUCUAGAUAAAGCAGUUUUUACCUGAUGUGCUUCUGCUGCUGCUCCCCUCUGACCUGUGUUUGUUUGGUUUUAAGUUGUGAGGGAUUAAGGAAAUUAUACCAUCAGAAAUGAAGCUAGACUUCUCUGUAUUGUGGCUCAAGAAGAUAAGGAAAGAUACAUGUCAAUGCCUUCAUUCAUCUGUACAGUUGCAUUCAGAGGUGGUCUGUAUUGUUGUUACUAUUGUGAAGCAUUUAUUUGGCCAAUUGAAAUGUCAAAGUUUUUCUUUUGAAUAUGAAUUACUGUACUUGAUGCAAGUGAUGUUGAUACUGUGGUCUUGUUAUUUACCAAUGCUACACUAUGAUAUAGGACAAUAGUCAGAGAAGUGGAAACAUUAGUUAUUAGGCUUCAUCCUCUGGGCAACACAAAUAGCUGUACGGGUCUUUCCCCAAUGCUAUGCUGAAGAUAAAAGACCGAUGGGGCAUUGCACAAAGCUUCAGCAGAACGUUAACUGUUAGUUAUUUGUUUCUAGUGACGCCCUAAAUGUAGUUUUGUCUUUUGAUUUUCAUAUGUAUAUGAAAAUAUUUGUAUAAUAUUUAGAUAAACUGCUUUGGUUUGUGGAAAACAUGGCCAUGUUCACAUUGUGUAAUGUUUUGGCUUUUAAAGUGUAAUAAGGUUAAUAGGGAUCUUUAUUGGCUUGCUUGCCUUUUAAUUUAGUUAGGUACUAAUUUGAAUUUGAUAAAGAAAACAAAAUAAAUCAAUGUCAGUGGAAGGGACAAUGAUGUAACUGCCCUUCAGCACAGGUCCUGUUGUGAAUGGCUGCUGUGCUAUGCAUUCUGGUUUAACAAUUCCAUCAGCAGAAUAAAUACGUUUCCAGAUUGAAAAACUGUA